AUGAGUGCAACUCUUCAGAGAAUCAUGUCCGAGAAUAACGCUACCUUCAGAGAGAAAGGAGAGACCGCUACCAGCUUGGAAACUUCAAACAUUCCUUCAGCAGGAGAAUUGAAAGAUCCUGGCAGACUCGAAAAGGAGCAAACUAUUUAUGAAUUUGAGACUGUGCCAGAAGAUGAGGAUGAUAGCUACAACAAAAUAAAAGUUCCAGAUGGAGGCUAUGGCUGGGUGGUGGUUUUCUCAUCCUUCUUGUUAAACUUCUGCACCUCUGGUGCGUCGUAUGGUUACGGUGUUUACUUGUCAUAUUACAUGGAUAGUGGAAAAUACGAAACUGGAGGUAAACUCGACUAUGCUGCCAUUGGGGGAUUGAGCUUUGGUGUUGGGGUUCUUUUUUCUCCCUUGUACAACUAUAUAUUGAUAAACACUUCACCAAGGAAGCUCAUUUCGCUUGGAAUCGUCAUUCAGAAUGUUGCCGCGUUACUAGCUGCCUUUUCUACCAAAUUAUGGCAGGUGUAUCUGACUCAAGGUGUGUUCAUCUCAAUAGGUACAGGCGCAAUAUGCUUUCCAAACACUACAAUAGCCGCACCAUGGUUUAGGAAGAAAAGAUCCCUAGCUCUGGGGAUUACCGUGGCCGGUACGGGGGUUGGAGGAAUCGUUUUCAACCUCUCCACCCAACGCAUUAUUGAUAAUUAUGAUUCCAAGUGGGCGUUGAUUUCUCAAUGUAUCAUAUGCUCAGUGCUGAGUACUGUAGCGGUGCUUUUGAUUAGAACCAGAAGAGACGAGGUUCAGAAGUAUUCUGAUACGCCCACAACAGCAGUGGCGCUGGAUAUGUUCAAGUACCCAGUGAUAUGGUUAUUGAUCCUUUGGGUGUGUUUCACCAUGCUUGGUUAUGUUGUUCAGGUCUAUUCUCUGUUCUCGUUUACGAUUUCUCUCGGCUACACUUCCAAACAAGCCUCGGCGGUGUCCUGUGUUAUAUGUGUGGGAAUCAUUGUUGGAAGACCUCUUGUGGGACUUGCCGCCGAUAAGUUCGGAGCGGUGACAACAGGGAUGUUCUGCCAUCUGAUUGUAGCUAUUCUGUGUUAUGGAAUGUGGAUUCCGUGCAGAAAUUACGCAACAGUUGUCGUGUUCGGUCUCUUCGAGGGAAUGUUGAUGGGAUCAAUAUGGCUACUACUCACUUCCAUAAUAACACGGUUGGUCGGUUUGCCAAAACUAGAAGCGGUGUAUUCGGUAGUCUGGAUGUUUCUUGGAGCGUGUGCUAUUGUGUCACCUGUGAUUGGUAUUUCUCUUGCAAAGAACAAUGUUAAGCCAGGGGAGAACGCCUACUUGUACACGGCAGUUUACUGUGGAACAGCGUACCUGUUGGCAGCGUUAGCUCUUUGGUGCAUUCGCGGUAUUAUUAUCGCACGCGACAAAGUAAGUUUGGUUGAAAAGACUGGCUACGAUGAUGGUGAGCUACAUUUGAGGGUAAACCUUGUCGAUGCGCUGAAAGGAAUGGCGCACUACGGCAAGUUAUAUCGAAAGGUGUGA